GAGCCGCUGCCGGAGCCGGAGCGGGGCCGGAGCAGCCGCGGGCAGAGCCGCGCCGCCCAGCCCAGAGUUAUGUCAUGCCCAGACCACCGAAGGGCUCCAUGAGGAUUUAUAGAAGAUGCCCUGUGUCUUGGCGCCUCUGGUGCUCCUUCUGCUGUGGCUAAUGAAGAUCGCUGCCAGCCCCCAUUCCCUGAGGAUUGCUGCCAUCCUGGAUGACCCCAUGGAGUGCAGCAGAGGGGAGAGGCUCUCCAUCACCCUGGCCAAGAACCGCAUCAACCGCGCGCCUGAGCGGGUCGGAAAAGCCAAAGUGGAAGUGGACAUUUUUGAGCUGUUGAGAGACAGCGAGUAUGAGACGGCAGAAACCAUGUGCCAGAUUCUGCCAAAAGGAGUGGUAGGAGUCUUGGGACCUUCCUCAAGCCCAGCCUCGAGCUCUAUUAUCAGCAAUAUCUGUGGGGAGAAAGAGGUUCCUCACUUCAAAGUGGCGCCAGAGGAGUUCCUGAAGCUGCAGCUCCAGCGGUUCACCACCCUCAACCUCCAUCCCAGCAACACCGAUAUCAGCGUAGCCGUGGCAGGAAUCCUGAAUUUCUUUAACUGCACCACCGCCUGCCUCAUCUGUGCCAAAGCUGAAUGCCUCUUAAACCUAGAGAAGUUGCUUCGGCAGUUCCUCAUUUCCAAGGACACUCUCUCAGUCCGGAUGCUAGACGACAGCCGGGAUCCUACCCCUCUCCUAAAAGAGAUCCGAGAUGACAAAACAGCUACCAUCAUUGUACAUGCCAAUGCUUCCAUGUCUCAUACCAUUUUGCAGAAGGCAGCUGAACUGGGAAUGGCGUCUGCCUAUUACACGUAUAUCUUCACUAAUCUGGAGUUUUCCCUCCAGCGCCUGGACAGCUUGCUGGAUGACAGAGUCAACAUCCUGGGAUUUUCCAUUUUCAACCAGUCUCAUGCUUUCUUCCAAGAAUUUGUCCAGAGCCUCAACCAGUCCUGGCAGGAGAACUGUGAUCACGCUCCUUUUACUGGGCCAGCACUCUCUUCUGCCCUGCUCUUCGAUGCUGUGUAUGCUGUGGUCACUGCCGUGCAGGAGCUAAACCGGAGCCAGGAGAUUGGUGUGAAGCCCCUGUCCUGUGGGUCUGCCCAGAUCUGGCAGCACGGCACCAGCCUGAUGAACUACCUGAGAAUGGUAGAAUUGGAAGGUCUCACCGGCCACAUCGAAUUCAACAGCAAAGGCCAGCGAUCCAACUAUGCCCUGAAAAUCCUGCAACACACGCGCAGUGGCUUCCGGCAGAUCGGCCACUGGCACGUUUCUGAAGGACUCAGCAUGGACAACAGGAUCUUCUCCUCCAACAUAACAGACAGUCUGUUCAACACCACACUCAUUGUCACCACCAUCCUGGAAAACCCCUACUUAAUGCUGAAGUGGAACCAUCAGGAGCUGGAAGGCAACGACCGCUACGAGGGUUUCUGUGUGGAUAUGCUGAAGGAGCUGGCAGAGAUCCUGCGUUUCAACUAUAAGAUCCACCUUGUUGGGGAUGGUGUGUAUGGAGUCCCUGAGGCAAAUGGCACGUGGACUGGGAUGGUCGGGGAGCUGAUUGCUCGGGCUCCAGCAGUGAUGCUCUUUCCUCUUGCAACUCCAGCCUUUCACUGGCCUUUCCUUCCUUCCUGCCUGCCUUUAAGUGGGCAAGUCCGUUGGGGGUGGAGGGGGGGGAAAGACCCCCCAGCAAAGCUCUGCCAGAAGGUGAAUAGUCCCCUUUCUCUUAAGAAAAAUGGUGCAAGAGCAGCAGGGUCAGAGAGCAUGAAAGCCGAUUUGGCCGUGGCGGGGCUGACGAUUACCGCGGAGCGGGAGAAGGUGAUUGAUUUCUCUAAGCCGUUCAUGACUUUGGGAAUUAGCAUUCUCUACCGAGUUCAUAUGGGCCGCAAACCUGGCUACUUCUCAUUCCUGGACCCCUUUUCCCCUGGAGUCUGGCUCUUCAUGCUGCUCGCCUACCUGGCUGUCAGCUGCGUCCUCUUCUUGGUUGCUCGAUUGACACCGUAUGAGUGGUACAGCCCCCACCCCUGCUCACAAGGCAGAUGCAAUCUUCUUGUGAAUCAGUAUUCUCUCGGCAACAGCUUGUGGUUUCCAGUCGGGGGAUUCAUGCAGCAAGGCUCCACCAUUGCCCCCCAAGCAUUAUCCACACGCUGUGUCAGUGGAGUCUGGUGGGCGUUCACCUUGAUCAUCAUCUCCUCCUACACGGCCAAUCUGGCAGCCUUCCUCACCGUGCAGCGGAUGGAUGUCCCCAUCGAAUCUGUAGAUGACCUGGCCGACCAGACAGCCAUCGAGUACGGCACCAUUCACGGCGGCUCCAGCAUGACCUUCUUCCAAAACUCCCGCUACCAGACGUACCAGCGGAUGUGGAACUACAUGUACUCCAAGCAGCCAAGCGUCUUUGUGAAGAGUACGGAGGAAGGGAUUGCGCGUGUGCUGAACUCCAAUUACGCCUUCCUGCUGGAGUCCACCAUGAACGAGUAUUACCGUCAGCGCAAUUGCAACCUCACGCAGGUCGGGGGCCUUCUGGACACCAAGGGCUACGGGAUUGGCAUGCCCGUCGGCUCUGUGUUUCGUGAUGAGUUUGACCUGGCCAUUCUCCAGUUGCAAGAGAACAACCGCCUGGAAAUCCUGAAGCGGAAGUGGUGGGAAGGAGGCAAGUGCCCCAAAGAGGAGGACCACAGAGCCAAAGGCCUGGGAAUGGAGAAUAUUGGUGGAAUCUUCGUGGUUCUCAUCUGUGGCUUAAUCGUAGCAAUUUUUAUGGCAAUGCUGGAAUUUUUGUGGAGCCUUCGGCACUCUGAACAGUCAGAGGUGUCGGUGUGCCAAGAAAUGGUGACGGAGCUGCGCAACAUCAUUCUCUGCAAGGACAGUUUCCACCCUCGUCGGAGGCGAGGGGGAAUGAUACGGACUCGCCCCAUUAUCCCGGAGGAGCGCCGAGCCCGCAGCACAACCACGCUCAGCAACGGGAAGCUGUGCAGUGGGGGCGAGCCAGAUCCCCUGGCACAAAGACUGGCACAAGAAGCCGCCCUGGUCGCCCGAGGGUGCACGCACAUCCGAGUGUGCCCGGAGUGCCGCAGGUUUCAGGGCCUCCGGGCACGGCCGUCUGCGGGCUCCCCCGCACAGAGCGAAGAGAGCUUGGAGUGGGAGAAGGCGACCAACAGCAGCGAGCCCGAGUAACGCUGGGGCAGGGGGUGUUGGGGUGGGCCGAGAGGGUCCUGUUCCAUUUUACAGAACACGGACUUGUAUAAUGUCAACUCGUUUUUAAAUUAAAAGCAGUUACCCAGCUUCUCCAGAGCAAGGCGGACCUUUGGGCUGACGCGCAGGCCUGGCCAGAGGGACGGCUUUGGUUGCGGCGUCCGAGAGGACGCGCAUCUCGCCGAGACCUGGCACAGCAGGAGCGAGCUCCUCCGGCCGGGCUGUCCCUGUGCCACCGUGCAGCUCCGAGGCGGGAAGGAGGGACGUGGCGGGUAACUGGUGUAGCAGAUAUUGCCCACCCAAGGGCGAGAGCGGUUCUUGGAACUUCUCCACCCAAGCCAGGAGAAAGGACGCUGGCGCUGUCUCCCCAUCAUGUAGACUUACCAGGGAAUGUUCUCAAAGGGCGGGGGGAGGGUCUUUUUAUUUGACGUGGAUAAGGGAUGGGAAGGGAGGAGUCGUUAUUUUGUUUUGGUUUAUUUUGGGUACGUCAGGACCUAGUCUCCAAGGCACCAGGUUUCAGGUGCUGAACUCUUCUUCCUUUUCCGAGUGUGGCAGGUGGACUGAAAUAGGAAGGGAAGGGUGGGAUGGGACACGCUCCCCAUGAGAAGCAGCAUUUGCUGAAUGUCCAUCUGAGGAGCUGUUAAAAUACAUAUAUAUAUAAAUAUAUAUAUAUACAUAGAUAUAUAUAUAUUGAAAUGCCAAAAACCAACCAACAAACACAGUGAACUCAAAGAGGCCUUGAAACGCCUGGAAUUUCAGGGGGUUCUGUGUCUUUUGUUUAGUUCUGGGGUUACCUUUUGCUUUUUUUCCUUUCUGUUUUUGGGAUGCGGGUGGGGCAGCCUUUUGAGUAAGGUGAGGUGGGAGCAGGCGAGAGCGGGGAGUCCUGGGGAAGGCUGCCCUUUCCCGCCAGCCGAGGGAGGUGGUAUUUGCUGCCCAGUGUCGCUCCCCAAAGCGUCCGCGGCCCGUGCUCUGCACACUCCCAAACAAGUGACUCUGAGCUCAGCCCCGGGCUCGCGAGCUCCCCUUGUCUGUGACCCACGGAGCACCCUCAGCUUCGAGGGUGACUUACAGCCCACGUCUAGCAGCGAUGAUGCCGUACAGCAUUUGAGAAAACCAUUAGCCUGGGAUCUGAUGUAAGGAAAAUAUUUACUUCCCUAGCAACAGCAGCAGGUCACCCUCUGCUUGGUACAGACGUGGGUUUUACAUUGAUGAGUUUAAUUUUCUGAUUGAAAAACAAAUUCUAUGCAAUUUCUGAUUGUAAAAGGAAAGAGGUGACAAUGGAGAGGGGCAGGGGAGAUAAAGCCUUGAGUGAAGGUACAUCCUGUUCUUGAAUUGUUUUCUUUUCUUUUUGUCUUGAAUGUACUGAAAUAAAAGAUGUCCUUGUAUAAUCA